AGCUCAAGACUGUUUGGCUCCAGCUUGGCGUGAGUAGUUCUAAGCGCGCACCUUUCACUCCGCGCAUGCCAACACAAUGUUGGCACACAUUUCGCAGAUGGCCCGUUCCUGGUUGAUUGCCAGCCUCGUCUGGGCCCGCGCCGCCGCCGCUAACCCGACGCCCAGCCAGACGCUCAGCACCCCAUCUGGUCUGGCUGGUGCCUGGUCGCAGGCCGUGUGCAAGACUUAUUGCCACGGUGGUUAUUCUGGGCCUAUGUUCCAGGCGCCAUCUGUGACGCCCGCGGGCGUGACCGGAAUGUCAUGGGCGCGUCAGCCGAACGACAAUGUUGAUGCAACUUACGGAUGCGUUGUCCGCAGUUUUGAGGGCGGCGUGGGAGAUUUCUCGACAUCUAUUCUCUGGUACUCGACCGAAUGUGCGGCUGGAACCGAUGCAUGGUUCACGCUCGGCCCCCUGUCGCCAACGAAUAUUGGUAACCUAUUUUAUUGGAAUGCUGGAUGUGACACCCCUUAUGGUACAACUAAGGUAUGCGUGCGCGCCAGGUACUUCUUCCAGACGCCCAGCCCGACGCCCUGCCCGACGUCGAGCCCGACGCCAAGCCCGACGCUCUUCCCGACGCCCAACCCCACGCUCAACCCGACACCCAGCCCGACGUCGAGGCCGACGCCCAACCCCACGCCAUCCCCGACGCCCAGCCCGACGCCCAGCCCGACGCUCAGCGCGACAGCGACAGCAACAACGACGACAGCUACGACGGACACCACCAUAACAGCCACGACCGUAACGAUGACUACCGCGACAGUCACGACCAGGACAAGCACAGUCAUUACGGCAACAGUGCCCACCUUUUCCCCAACUCGUGCACCAACUUGGGCGCCAACCCCUGCACCAAGCUGGGCGCCAAGCUGGGCGCCAACCUCUGUGCCGACCUCUGCACCGGCCUCUGUGCCGUCUGCCGUGCCGACACAGGCCCCAGCUGCACCGCCGACUGCUUCUCCGAUUGCCACGCCCACCUCCACGCCAACUCCCGCGCCCACCCCCACGCCGUCCGCGCCAGCCCCCUUGCCGACGCACGAGCAAACCCCGAACCCAACCUCAGCGGGCGCGCCCACCAGGACGCUGACGACGGAGAGCCUCCAGGCCGGAGACACGGCCAUGAGCGUCACGUCCGAGGCCGGCUUCCGCGUCGGCGACGAGAUCGUCAUCGCCGACGGCGCCAAGUCUGAGACAGCCUCGAUUGUUGGCUUUGGAACCAUUCGGUGAACAACCAAUGACAUAAACAUAAAAAACUCAGAGGUUUGCGCUGAUUUCUCGCACCUGCGCUGGACCCCCC